CAGAAACUUAACAUAAGUGCAUAUAUACAUGUAUAUACAUGUUUUAAACAUACUCUUGGAUAGCAUAUAAUUGCAUCAUCUAUCAACUCCUUAACUUGGUAUUUGUGGAAAAAAGUCAAAAUUAUAAAUUUUCAUAUACGACAAACUUGUAGUAUGAGUGAACAUUUUGUUAGUGAAUAUUUUGUAUUGGGACACAAAAUUGGAAAUGGAUCAUUUGGAGAGGUUUUUACCGGCACAGACAUUAGAUCUGGGAAUAAAGUUGCAAUAAAGUUCGAAUUGCCUCCAUGCAACAAAUCACAGCUAUGUAAUGAGCGGAAUGUCUAUGCAAGUACGACUGGGUCCGUUGGUAUACCAACUUUUCAUUGGUUUGGUGAACAUGAGGAAUAUAAUGCAUUAGUCAUGGAAUUACUUGGUCCCUCUUUGGAGGAUUUGUUUUUUGCUUGUAACCGUCACUUCUCUUUAAAAACAAUAAUCCAGCUAACUGAUCAAAUGCUAAGACGAGUUCAAUGCCUCCAUAAGUCCGACUGGUUACAUCGCGACAUUAAACCAGAUAACUUUGCUAUGGGUAUUGAUGAGUUUUCUAGCACUGUAUAUUUGUUUGACUUUGGUUUGGCAAAAAGAUUUUGUGCUCCUCUCGAUGGAAUACAUAUACCAUUCAAAAAAAACAAAAAGUUAGCUGGCACUGCAAGAUAUGUCUCUAUUCACACGCACAUGGGCUUAGAGCAAUCUCGUCGUGAUGAUUUAGAGGCAUUAGGUUAUGUGCUUUUGUAUUUUAAUUUGAGCGCACUUCCUUGGCAAGGUUUAAAAGCGAAAACCAGAAAACAAAAAUAUGAACGGAUUGCAGAAAUAAAAUUAUCAACACCACUGACUGAACUCUGUAAAGGUUGCCCGCGAGAAUUUCAUAUAUAUCUUAGGUAUUGUCGAGAUCUUGGUUUUAGUACCUGCCCAGAUUAUGAAUAUCUAAUAAAAUUGUUUCAUGGAACUGCCAGCCGUUGGAGGAUUGUUUACAACUGGGUUUUUGACUGGACAAAUAUGAAAAACCAUUCGGUCUUUCAAGAAAGCCGAAAAGAUUCAAUAACGAAAUGUGUGCAAAAUGAUAAUAAAACACCCAGCCAAAAUGUUUACCAUAAUCCUAGGGAAGUGCGACUGUAUAAUCGUGUGAGAGUUAGUGACGCAAAGCCUUGUGUACAAAAAUGUAAGAACAGUCCACAAAUACAAAUGCGUACUCGUCAUGCUGAAAAACGGGGUGUGCAGAAACCAGGUUUGCAACCAAAAACUAAACAAGCUGUUGUUGAUAAUUGUUUUAAGAAACCAAUCAGAAAUGAUACACGUGUUAAACAGCAUUCGUUACGCCAUGAGAUAACUUCUAAACAAUGUCUGAGAACCAUUAGAUACCAUGAAACAAAUCAUACAUUAGAUCAAAUGAAGCCUCAACAUGAACUGCACGCGGAUAAUGCUCACAAUAAAACUGCUCAAUUAAAUGAAGAUCUCAAAAAUCAAUAUCCUAAAAUCAACCGGGGGCGUUCGUUUUCAAAUCAGAUACAGAAACUAACUUCCAAAAACUUUGUUGACACACUCAAUCGACAUAAACCGUUUAACAAGCAACGGCGAAAACUUUUACAUAAUAAUAAAAUGAGCAAUGAGGAGGAGCAGGGUGAACUUACAAAUAAUGGAUGUCGUGAAUCUGAUAAUAAUCGUUCAAAUUUAAAUCGAGUUCAAACCCGAAAUUCAAACCAAUUGAUUAAUAACAAUCAAUGCUAUGAACGUGAUGAUACUCCUUGUAAGCAACUACAGUCAAAAAAUGUAAAUAAAACCCACUUGAAUAAUUUUGACAAAUCGCAACUGAAGAAACCUCUCAAACACAAGUGCGGUGUACACGACAAGGUAUGUUCUGUAGAAAAUCUAGAAAAUUUAAGAACUGAUCUGGAACUUCAGCAUACUAAACCCUGUGUAAUGCAUGACGAAGUACAAGAAAUGGGUUAUUCGAAACAAAAAAACAAUCAACACACAAAACCUAAAGCUCUAAAUCAUCACCGAGGACUUCCUGAAAAAGAAUUAAAUCCUAAAUAUAAUAGUAAGGAACAGAGACAUAUGCCACAAAAUCACGAGCCACAAUCUAACCAAGAUUCGUAUGUGAAACCAAUGCCACCGCCUCGCAAACAAUUUAUUGACAGUUAUGGCGAUGGUAAUAUUAAGCAACGUCAAUAUAAUGCAACCCAAAAGCAACGAUUAACUGGAGGUUCAAAUAUAGAUCAAGUGGCACCAUUGCGUUACAGUUACAAAAACCAACGAAAUUAUGUUUCUUUAAAUAAGAACGAUUCAAAUAUUAGCAAUCCAUGUCAACCAAGAAACACCAAAAUUAAUUAUUGUGAAGCAAAUAUUAAUAAUCAGGUUAAUUUGAAGAAGGAAAUUAAAAGAAACGUAAAUAAAGUAACCCAAAAUCAACAACAACACCAACCAAACAUCAACCAAGCCCAUUAUAAAACCUCUUACCCAAAGUGUGAUAACAACGAGCCGGUACCCGAAACUGGAAUCAAUCCAACCGGUAAACCAAUUAAUAAUGAGAAGCGACAGUUCAUAGCAAAAAACGAUCCAUCGAGAAAACAAUACAAUUCUGGAUUAUGUGAAAAACAAAAUAAAUUCAUCAAACCUCAAUAUAGCACCUAUCAAAACCAAAAAAGGUUCAUACAUAACAAUGGUAUGCAGGGAAGAACACCCAAUUUUAAGCCAAGAGAAACCAAAAACGAGAAGAAACCGCAAGUUUACAAUGAAAGUCAACCGCAGCAAACACUAAAUACGCAAAUGCCAUACGACAGAAGUAAUCAAAAUUAUUCUACAAAUGUCCAACAAAUGAAUACUUCAACUCCAUACCCAAAAAACAAGCCGGGCAUAACAGAGGCACAGCUUUUAGUUAAUCAGGGCGCAAUACCUAAACGUAUGCCACAGAAGAAAAUGCCUGAUCAUAAAUGGGUUGGAACAACACCAACUGAAAAUGUUAGAAAAAACUUGCAUAUGCGUCCAAAACAGAUCCAAAAACCUCCUACCAUUGACAUACCAGUUUGUAGUAGAACAAAUAAGAACAAACUGAAGCAACCACAAUUCGUAAGUCUUAAUCCUGACACAAAUGUCCCUAAUAACAUGAAUAACGAAGUUUAUGGUACUAAGAAGUACAGCACUCCAUACAGAUGUCAUGGAUGGGUAAAAAUAGAAAAUAAUGAAAUUGUAGAAAAACCGGUGCCAGUACACAUAUCAAUGGUUUAUAAACAGCCAAGAAAUCCAGCGGUUGUUCCUCAAACAUACUUUAAGAAAAGUUGUGGCGUCACGCGAAAACCUGUCGCCACCUCUAAAAAUGUAAAGUAAAUACCUACUUGAUCCCAAGUAUAUGACCAAACGCGACCUUCAACACUAUUAUCGAUACUACAGCAUGACCAAAAAUCGCAGU